GCUUCGCGUCCAUCCUCCAUGCCGACCUGACCUCUACGCUGUCCGUCCCUUUGAUAUCGUGUGCGCGUUGCUAUACUACUCUCCAUUGGCGCUGUUGGAUCGCGACCUCUUUCUCGCCGCCUCGACGAGGGCCAGCCCCCAAUUCGGACCUUCUGUGUCCGCGACACUUCCGCAGCGCUUGACGUGCACUUGCGCACAUGUCGACAGUCAUGAAAGGCUUUAGGCAAAGGGUCUCUGAACAGCUCUCUCGCAAUAAGGAUAGCAAGUCAUCUAAGAAGAAGGACUCGACGUCCGGUACCGCAUCGCCCUCGCACGGCGCCUCGAAUUCGCCCUCUGGCUCGGCUCAGGCCACUCCCUCGUCAUCGCAGACCCAACUCACCGACUCACGAGGCAAGAACCAACCUGCCGCAGAUGGCGCCCCGGGGAACGCUGCCUCGUUGCAGCCAGGUCAGCAGCCCGCUUCAGGGUCUUUGGCCGGGGGACCUCACUUCACUGCGCAGCAGGGCUUGAUGAGCCCUGGUAGUGUUGGUGGCGCCAGCGCUGGCACUUCUGGCCCAGGCACGCCUUCAAGACUUGGGCAGCCGCUGGCACCCAGUGUCAUUAUUAGCCCAAGCGCUCCUCAUAUUCCGCCUCCUGGCACGGCCGAGACCAUGCCAGGCGACCUGGCACCCCCCAAGGCGGGCCAGAAGUCGUUGAUCUUCGACCGCCUCCAAGCAACCCCCAAAGACAACAUCGAGGGUAUUAGGACGCCGAAGAGGCAACAUUCUUCGCGCUUUGACAUCUCGGACCAGCGCCAGCGAGAACUGGAAAAGCUACCAGGGUUCCAUGAAGUGCCCCCGAACAAGCGGGAAGAGCUCUUCAUGCAGAAGAUCGACCAAUGUAAUAUCAUCUUCGAUUUCAACGAUGCCAGUGGCGACAUGAAGUCGAAAGAGAUCAAACGCCUAGCCCUACACGAGCUGCUCGACUACGUUGCCAACAACCGCCAAGUCAUCACAGAGAAGAUGUACCCUCGCGUGGUGGAAAUGUUCGCCAAGAACCUGUUCCGGCCUAUCCCACCGCCCAUGAACCCGCAAGGCGAGGCAUUUGAUCCUGAAGAGGAUGAGCCUGUUUUGGAAGUAGCGUGGCCGCAUAUACAGGUCGUUUACGAGUUCUUCCUGCGAUUUAUCGAAAGUCAAGAUUUCAACACAAACAUUGCCAAGGCGUAUAUAGACCACAGCUUCGUGCUCAACCUUCUCGAGCUAUUCGAUUCGGAAGAUCCGCGGGAACGCGACUUUCUGAAGACGACGCUUCAUCGCAUAUACGGCAAAUUCCUCAACCUCCGCUCGUACAUCCGUCGCUCCAUCAACAACGUCUUCUUCCAGUUCAUGUACGAGACAGAGAGGUUCAAUGGCAUUGCUGAACUCCUCGAGAUUCUUGGGUCCAUUAUCAAUGGCUUUGCACUGCCCCUAAAGGAAGAGCACAAGCUUUUUCUCACAAGAGUGUUGAUCCCGCUGCACAAAGUCAAGAGUCUAAGCAUGUAUCACCCUCAGCUGGCGUACUGUAUUGUUCAAUUCUUGGAAAAAGACGCUGCCUUGACAGAAGAGGUAGGACCGUACAGCAGAUCUAACAGGCUAGGCUUACAUGUCCAGGUUGUCCUUGGCCUUUUGCGCUAUUGGCCGAAAGUCAACAGCACCAAGGAGGUCAUGUUUUUGAACGAAGUAGAGGACAUUUUUGAGGUCAUGGAUCCCGCCGAGUUUGCCAAGGUUCAAGAGCCGCUUUUCAACCAGUUAGCGAAGUCGGUGGCCAGCCCUCACUUCCAGGUCGCCGAGCGGGCACUCUACUUCUGGAACAAUGAGUAUUUCUGCAACCUGGUUAGUGAUAAUGUCGAGGUUAUUCUGCCCAUCAUGUUUGCUCCAUUGUACGAGAACUCGAAGGGACACUGGAACCGAACCAUUCACGGCAUGGUAUACAACGCUAUGAAACUCUUCAUGGAAGUCAACCCACAGUUGUUCGAUGAUUGCUCGCACGACUACGCGGAAUCUCAGAACAAUGCCGGUGAAAGACAAAAGAGCCGACAAGAUCGAUGGGACAAGCUCUCGAAGCUCGCCGAAGCACGUCAAAACGGGACGGUGGAGAAGCCAGGGCUGUCAUCGUCGACUGCGGCCUCGCCCAUGAGGUUAGACGAUUCGGAUCCGCUUAGUCAAGGACGACUAGAGAACCUCCGCCUGCAGGACGACGGAACGGCUUCAAGAGAGAGGCGGCCGAAGGAGUAUGAGCGCCAGAGCAGUCAGACUUCGGUACGUUGAUUCUCACGUCCUCUAGAAGUCGGGAUUGAGAAUUGUCUGUGGGCGAAAUCGAUGUACUCUUAAUCCUAUCCCUAGACUUGUACUAGGUCUUCUUCUUGUUCAAGAAUUACAUUUCGGUUCAGGUGGAUCUGACGUCUUUGUGCUUGCGUCUUUGCAGCGCCGGCACCCUACUCACCAGGUGGAGCAUCACGCAUCAAGUGGUCGGCGGCCAGCUGCGCGACCGCGGAGCAACAGUCGGCCCCAUUCUUCAGGCAACGUCGCCGU